AUGCACAAAUCCACAACGGUUGUUCUAUCUGCUGUGGCUCUCGUGGCCACAUGGAUGGUCAUGAUGAUGAUCAUGAUGACAACCACACACGCUUCUUCCUUGCGUAGUGAACUUUCUCAACUCGCUUCUCUGAAAGCACGAUUGGGAUCCAAGUGGAAUCCUCGACUCUAUUUCUCAAACCGAAUUAAACGAAUUGCGAGAAAGUUUGCCAUUGCCAUUCCUCGUAAAUGUAAGAGAAGAAUCAUCACAGUUGAUGAAAUUGAAAAGAUUAGAAAACUUUCAAAAUGUGAAUUUCCAAAGGACGAUCAAAUUGAGUUACCACCAUUGCCACCUGUCAAACCAAAAUGUCCUCUUUUCUCUUGCCGUAAACAUUGCUUCAAUGGUUUUGAAAGAGAUAGUUCUGGAUGUCAAACAUGUACAUGCAAGCCAGAGAAGAAACCUGAAUGUCCACAAGUCAAGUGUACCACUCGAUGUAAGAAUGGUUUUGCCAAGGAUGAGAAUGGAUGUCAAACAUGUGAAUGUCAAAAGAAGCCAUGUCCUGUUUUGAUGUGCUUCAGAGCAUGUCCAAAUGGUUAUGAAAGAGAUGAGAAUGGUUGCGUGACAUGUGGUUGUAAGCCUGAGAAACCAUCUGAGAAACCUUCUGACAAGCCAUCAGAUAAACCUUCAGAUAAACCAUCAGACAAGCCAAGUGACAAACCUUCUGACAAGCCAUCAGACAAGCCAUCAGAUAAACCAAGUGACAAACCAAGUGACAAGCCUUCUGAUAAACCAUCAGACAAGCCAAGUGACAAACCAUCUGACAAACCAACCGAUCGACCAAUCGAUGAGAGACCACCAAAAUGUCCUCUCUUCAAGUGUGCUCCUUGUCCAUUCGGUUACAUGAGAAAUGCAGACGGAUGUCAAACAUGUCAAUGCUUGAGAAGAGCAUGUCCAUCGGCUCUUUGUAAAAAAUUCUGUAAGAACGGUUUCAAGAUCAAUGAAAAAGGUUGUCCAAUCUGUGAAUGCAAUGAAACACCAAAGGCAUGCCCACAAAGAAGAUGUAAACUGUAUUGCAAAUAUGGAUUCAAGACUGGAAGAAAUGGAUGUGAAAUUUGUUCUUGUAAACGAAAACUAAGUCCAUGUCCACAAAGAAGAUGUAAGAAACAUUGUUUCUUGGGCUUUAAGAGCGACUCAAAAGGUUGUCCAACUUGUCAAUGCAACACUCCAAAACCAAAUCCACAAUGUCCACAAUACAAAUGUCUCAGAUAUUGUCCAAAUGGAUACAAACUCGAUUCAAGAGGAUGUCAAACUUGCUCAUGCAAACGACAAAUAUCAUGCGCAUUAAGAAAAUGCAAGAAACAUUGUAAAUAUGGUUACAAGAGAGAUUCAAACGGAUGUGCCACUUGUACCUGCAUUCCAGAGACCAACAGAUGUCCUCAAAAAAGAUGUAAGAGACAUUGCUUUGCUGGAUUCAAGAAUGAUGAGAAAGGUUGUCCAACUUGUCAAUGCAACAUUCCAAAACCAAAUCCAAACACUUGCCGUAAAUUCAGAUGUCAUUUGUCCUGUCCAGGUGGAUACAGAUUGGAUGAAAAGGGAUGUCCAACAUGCAGCUGUAAAAGAACUGUUUUCCCUCCCAUUAAACCACCUGUCAAACCUCCAAGACCAGAAAGACCUCCAAUAGACGAAAGACCUCCAAAGCCUCCAGUGAGACCUCCAAGACCACCAAAACCACCAGUUAGACCACCAGAAAGACCACCAGAAAGACCACCUUGGAGACCUCCUGUUCAUCCACCUUGGAGACCACGUAUACCAGUUUGGAGACCAGUUUGGAGACCAAUUUGGAGACCAAGAGGACGUGGAAGAGGUGAUCCUCACUAUGUCACAUUGGAUGGAAAGGACGUUCUUUUCAAUGGUUUGGGAGAUUACAUUUUCGCUGAAACUACUGAUGGUUCAUUUACUGCUCACGUUCGAAUUGACACGUGGGCUGGUGAAGAAGCUACUGCAACUGUCAAUAAGGGAAUUGCUGUCAAGCUUGGAAAUGACGUUGUUGAAUUUAGCAGUCAAAGUAGAAAAUUCUAUUUGAAUAAGGAUGAAGCAUCCUUCGAGGUUGGAAAGAAGUAUGAACUCGAUGGCGGUUUCUUGUUGAGAAAGACCAGAAAGUCCUUUAUCAUUAAGGCAGAUAAUGGUGCUGAACUUUUCGGUGAAUUAUUUGUCUUACAUGAUGGUCGAAGUUAUUUGGAUCUUCAAAUUGAUGCUUCUGAAGAUGUUGAAUUCUCUCGUGGUUUGAUUCUGGAUGGAAAGGAUAGUGGUAAGGCCAUUGGAUUGUUCCGUACUCACAAGAGAAGAAGAGUCAUGCCAAAGACCAAGAUUGAUAUUCCAGAAUGGGCCACUGAACAAUGUGCAAAGAGAGGUUUGACUGGAAAGUCCUUGAAAGAUUGUGCCUAUGAUGCUGCUGUGACUGGAAAGGAGUUUGCAAAAGAAAUUGCAAAGGAUGAAGCUAAAUUCAAGAGAAGAUCGGAUAAGGUUGCCCAGAAGAAGAAGAAGAAUUAA